AUGACCACUUUCGAAGUAAUAAUAGUGGCCAACAAUGAGCUCUCGCUAGAAAAUGUUUUACAGACUGGACAGGCCUUCAGAUGGGUUUUUGACGAAUCUACAAAAAGAUACAGCUCCACUAUGAGAAUCGGGGAUGCUUGUCAUUAUAGUUUCAUUACUCUUAGACAACCUAAUUCCAACACAAUCGAGUUUUCAACGACAGAUACUUUACAGUCGGUGUCGGAGAUAAGGGAUCAUUUGAUCAGGUAUUUUAGACUGGAUGUAUCACUAAACUCUUUGUUCAAUGACAAGUGGAUACCGAAUGACAAAAACUUUAAGAAACUUUCACCUCAGGGGAUAAGAAUACUUGCUCAAGAACCAUGGGAGACACUUGUUUCUUUUAUCUGUUCGAGUAAUAAUAAUAUUUCAAGAAUUACCAAGAUGUGUCAUUCUCUUUGCACAAACUAUGGUAAUGAAGUUUGUACAUAUGAUGGGAAUAAAUUCUAUUCAUUCCCUACAAGUGAUGAAUUAGCCUCUAAAGCUACUGAGUCAGAACUUCGAGAGCUAGGAUUUGGGUACAGAGCAAAAUAUAUUAUAGAGACUGCUAAGAAAGUGGUAAAGGAUAGACGAGAUGGCGAUUAUAAAACUGAUUCAGCCUAUUUUGAGCACUUACGCAGCAAAUUUACCUACGAAGAAAUGCGAGAACACUUAAUGUCAUAUGUGGGCGUUGGCCCUAAAGUUGCUGACUGUGUUUGUUUAAUGGGAUUUCGCAUGGAUGAAAUCGUACCAGUAGACGUUCACAUUGGAAGGAUAGCGACAAGAGACUAUCGGAUGGGUGCAAAGAAAAAGCAGCUUGAUGAGCUACGAAAGUCUUACGUAGACUAUCCAAUAACCAAGAAAAAGGUAAAGGCCGACCUAGAUUAUAUUAGAAUUGAAUUUCUGAAGAAAUGGGGCCCGUAUGCAGGAUGGGCUCAAGGUAUCUUGUUUGCUAAAGAAAUAGGAACAACAAGUGGGGCAACAUCAACAGGCGUGAUUAAGAAACGUGCAUUUGUGGAGAUUGACGUCAAAGUUGAAGCUGGGAAUGGAUUAAAGAAACACCUAAAGAAGGUAGGUACCUUGGAGUAG